CUGCAGGUGUACGCGCCGCUGCCCGGCCGGGACGACGCCUUCCACCGCAGCCUCUUUCUCUUCUGCUGUCGGGAGCCGCCGUGCUGUGCCGGCCUGCGAGUUUUUCGUAAUCAGCUACCGAGGAAAAAUGUGUUUUACUCAUAUGAGCCACCUUCUGAGACGGGAGCUUCAGACAGUGGAGAAUGUGCGUGCCUCCAGCUUAAGACAGGAGCCCAUCUCUGUAGGGUUUGUGGCUGCCUGGGCCCUAAAGCGUGCUCUAGGUGCAAGCAGGCACAUUACUGCAGUAAGGAGCAUCAGACACUGGACUGGCGGCUGGGACACAAACAGGCUUGUGUACAGUCAGAUCCUUUAAACCAGACAAUUCCAGAUCACAACUUCCUGUUUCCAGAAUUUGAAAUUGUAACAGAAGCAGAAGAUGAGAUUAUACCCGAGGCUGUAGAAAUGGAAGAUUAUUCUGACGUCACAGAAAGCAUGGGGAGAAUACCUGAGGAAGAACUAGAUUCCAUGGCAAAGCAUGAAUCCAAGGAAGAUCACAUUUUUCAAAAGUUUAAAUCCAAAAUAGCCCUUGAACCAGAACAGAUUCUCAGGUAUGGAAGAGGUAUUAAACCCAUCUGGAUUUCUGGUGAAAAUAUCCCUCAUGAAAAAGAUAUUCCAGAUUGCCCCUGUGGUGCCAAGAGGAUGUUUGAAUUCCAGGUCAUGCCCCAGCUGCUGAACUACCUCAAGGCAGACAGGCUGGGCAGAAGUGUGGACUGGGGCAUCCUUGCCGUCUUCACCUGUGCUGAGAGCUGUGACCUGGGCAUUGGCUACACAGAGGAGUUUGUGUGGAAACAGGAUGUGACACCUGAACAAGGGUUAAAUUCUUAAAAAUGUUCCUUAUGCCUCAGGACCCCACAAUUCCAUCUCUAGGACUUUAUCCUAAGAAAGUAGUUACCAAAGACUUAUAUAAGUGUAAAAAUGUUGCUUGAUACACUAUUUACAAUGUCUCUGUAUUACUAAAACAAGUGUCCAAUGA